CUGCAUGGAAGAAGAAGGAAGAAAAAAGCAAUGGUAGCCAUGGAUGGGGAAUUAUACUUGGAAGUCUAUGAGCUCAACGCUAAUUAUGUUAAAUGCCCGGUGGAGACCUCUGUUAGCCUUUACCUUCUCAACUAUCUUAAAAUCACCAAUAACGUUUUCUUCUUGCAAGUGGAUAAGCCGCCUGGAAUGACUAGCUAUCAUAUGACUUUAAGUGAUUGUCAGUUUAAAUUAUUGACAAAAGGUGAAUUGAAUCAAAUUGUGGGCAACUGCCGUCUACCAGCCUUUCUACUUGUGCAAGAACAUUACUGCGUUGCUGGUUUAUGUGCUGUUUUAAGACAGAUUGUGAAAGCUAGUGGUGAAAGCAACAAAUGGCUACUAGGGUUUCGUGAAGCAACUAUGGCAGCAUGUGCAGAAGUAUCAUUGUGGACAAGACUUGGCGAAGUAGACUUGCCGCAGGCUGUUGAAGAAGUGAUCAAAUCCAACUCAGAUGUCGUCACAAUCCCAGUUCACAUAGUACGGUUUGAAAAACACUUGGAGCAGCCCUUGAGAACGCACAAUGUCCAAAAGUUUGAUCAGUUAAAGGAAAAUUGUGACAAUAAAAUUCUUAAGCCCUUGUAUGCGGAAGGUUUUAGCAUGACAUUGGCCGAUUUAGUGAUCCUGUUUUACAUCCACGUUUUUCUACAAGCAACCGAGAAAUCUGUUUCAGAACAUAUCCCCCAUGUUUCAAAAUGGUACACGCUGAUGAUGUCUGAAAGUAAAGUUAAAAAGUGCUUUGAUGUGUUCAAAAGUUAUCCAAAAACUUUUAGUUCUAACUCUAAAAUUGAGUAUCGAGUUCCUGAAGUCUCCAAUUCUAAUUUGUAUCGGAAAGAACCAAAACGAUAUAAACCAAAAAGUAAAGUCUUUACAGACCAAAAUGAAGUUGACAGUCUAAUCAACAUGAUUAAUGAAAUUGAUUUCGGAAUUGGUGUGGAUGAGCUGCCAUAUGGACACGAAGUGCCUAUGGACUGGGACUCAAUACCAUUUUAUGCGCAACCUGAGGGCGGUCAUUUACCACAAAAACGGUUGCUAAGAAAGCAGCAACAAUUAGAAAAUUUGAUGAAAGCUGUAAUCAAGAUUGCCAGAGAUGGAGAUAAAAUUGUUGAUUUUUGCUCUGGAGGAGGCCACCUUGGAAUUGCAAUAGCCUACUUGCUUCCCAAAUGCUCGAUAAUUCUCUUGGACAACAAAGAAAAAUCUCUUUCCUCUGCAAAAGAACGUAUUGCUAAGCUUGGCCUUCAGAAUACUGUCAUCAUUCAGUCAAAUUUAGAUUAUUUCAUAGGAAAAUAUCAGAUCGGAACAUCACUGCAUGCAUGUGGAGUGGCUACAGACCUUGUAAUGAAGAGUUGUGUGGACAGUAAAGCAGCUUUUGUUGUUUGUCCUUGCUGUUACGGAUCCUUGAAAGACAACCAUGUGUUGGAGUACCCUCGGAGUCAACUAAUUGCAAAGUCCAAGCUCUCGCCUCGUGAUUAUUUGAUUUUGAGCCACUGUGCCGAUCAAGUUCACGGUAUUGAGUACAGUAAAUCAAGUCAAGGUGAAAAAUGCAUGGCAUCUCUGGACUCUGAUAGAUUAUUGUAUGCAAAAGAAAAUCAUUACAAGGUUUUCAUCUCAAAGUUGGUUCCUAAAUCGUGCACCCCAAAAAAUAAUCUGCUUGUUGGAAUUCCCAUCCCAACAAUUUAAGUACCUGUCCCUGUACUUAUCCUUUUUAUUCUUAAUCAGGGUAUGAGUGUAAUCUCAAUUUUCCAGUUUCAGCGAGUCCUUGGCACACAUUUUACAUCUCCACUCUUGCUGUUUCUUGGUUUUCUGAGUUGAUAAGAUACUUUUUCAUAGCGUAAGAAAAUCUACCUGCAAGGAAACAGCAAAUGAUUAAUUAAAAAAUAAUCUUGCAGAUCGCCGUUUUACUUCUCUGUGAUUUUUUUAAAAAAAAGGAGAGAAGUUCUUCGAGAUGGAUCUACGGUACAUUCAAUAAAAAUAUGAUGAUCCACCAAGAUGAUAAUCUCUGGAUUCUAAGAUAUUUCUUUCAGAAAUUUUUGGAAGGUAUAUCAAGGUGUAUUGUGUGAGGCAUGUAUGUACAAAAUUUGAUCAGGAAUCACGUAGAUAUAACUACAAAAAUUCGUUCCAAAUGAAUAUUGUAACUUUUCUUUGUCUUUCGAUUUACGAUUUUUACUCAGGACGCUCUUUGAAUUUACUUCACAGUAUUUCUCAAUCAAAUUUUUCUCAAGAGUGCACUACACUCUGCAUUUCAGUACUGUAUUCUGUCAAAGAUUCUCACAAAAUUUCUUAACAUCUAGAAAUAAUGAAUUGAUCUAUUGGCUAUGGAAUCCGCCAUGGAGACGGAAGCAGCUUAUAAGUCUACCUUUAAUGAAGCAUCGUGUGAUAACUAUUUUUCUAAGUCGUUUUAUUUUCCUUUCUGUAAAAUAAGUAAAUACCAUUAUUUCCUUGUAACUUCAAUUUGUAUUUUUCAUUAAAAAUAAAUCUGCCUUGGCACCACUUAAUACAGACAACCCAUUCCUAUUGUCCCAGGAAAGGCAAAACUUUUCCUGUAAUGAAUAUGACCAUUUAGUAAUUUCCUUUUAUUUUUAUUUUUUUGCAACUCCAAUUCUAAUUUUUGGCACCUCUACUUUUGAUUGCCUCUCAAAAUGAAGUUAACACAGCACUAUUCUACGAUCCUGCCCUUCACCUUAAUCGGGCCACACUUUUAAUUUUUUCUCUUUAGGUAUUUCUUGCCUCAGAAUGUCUUCUCUUUUCAAAAAUGUCUGUUUACAGAGGAGUUGCUAAUUAUUUCAAGAAAUUAAUACUGGAAAGAAGUCAAUGUCUGAUUAUUCCAAGAACUAAUCUCCAUUGGCCAGUCCAAAAAUAUGUACUUUGAUGUAUCAUACCUCCUGUAUUAACAGCAAUAAAACAUUGUUUGAAGUUAUUAA